CCACACCGUCUCGUUCGGUUCAUCAUCGAAAAGAUCUACACUGCACCAUGUCUCUCAACUUUGACGACAACACGUGGUACCAGGUCAACGUGACAAAGUUCACAGGAUUCUCCCUCCUCGGCACCUCACUAUUUAAAGACGGCCUUACUGGCGCAGUAUUCUAUCAAGAAACCAACACCAGUGCGAGGGGCCAGAGCUGGCAGUUCUACCCGUACAACUCAUCCGUGUACUUGCUGCGGUGUAAAGAUGGUGGCCCGAACGGUUACCUGGCCGCUGCCGCCGGGUCAAGUGACGGUGCACAGGCGUCAAUAACUGGCAAUACGGUGCCCAUUUUAGCGAACUAUAACGUCACGGACGACUCUAUGUUUUGGCAAAUUGAACCAUGGGGGGAUGGGACAUACUAUUUCUCCAACCUCGCCAACGGGACAAACUGGCGGCUGAAUGUCCUGGACACCGCCUUGAUGGCUAUGGAAUCGAAUAUUACUUCGGAGCAGGCAGGCGAGCAUUUCACAUUCCGCAGCUUAAGUACGAUAGGAGAUCAGAGAUAUUCGACUUUCAAUACAUACCCAACCACAAGUCGAACAGCGGGUGCCGUUGCGCCAACAACGACCGCCACAACUGGCACGGCUACUACUAGUACGACAGGUGAUUCUACCACAGCCUCUCCUACGGGGUCAUCAUCCCCUUCAGAGACCCCAUCCGGGGGAGGGCUGUCAACCGGUGCAGCUGCAGGGAUAGGUGUUGGGGUAGGACUCGCCGUCGUGAUUCUGGUGGCUUUGUUGGCAAUAUUCUUCAUCCGAAGGCGGAAGAGUGCCAAAGGAGCGUCAGAACCGGUGCAGGCGAGUCCCUCAGAGGAGGCAAAAUAUCAACCCGCACAUUCUGGUCAUUUCCACGAGAUGGGUCCACCACACACGUACUCGGAAAUGCCGACUUCGGCAACAUCACGACCACAUGAGUUAUGGGCUCAGCCUGUGGAACUUCAGGGCGACCACGGGCGUUAGCAUUCAAUGUUGACCGCCCAUUUACCAUCGAUCAUCAUGUCGACGUCACUUUCGUGUUUGCACGCAAAUCGGCCAGCGCUGGCAGGACGUGGUUCGCUUCAAGGGAAUAAUAUUUGAUUAUUACAAACUAUAAUAAUUAAUUACCACGACGUGUGGUGUGUCCGACCCCCUUAGAAAUUCGCCAGCAUAGCGACCCCUCCGAAGAAUGCGCCCAUAGCCACACCAGCCGUCUGCAAAGGAGCAGCCGCUCCCGUUCGGAAGAUCGAGGUGCGCGCCUGGCUGCUGAUGGAACUGGCCCUCGACGCGGCGGAGCUGGUCAGCCGCCCGAUCUCUGAAGUGAUGCUCGAGCGAUCGGACCCCGUCGCGGUCGCGAGUUCUGAUGUGAGCCUGCUGAUCUCCGAGCUGGCCUCGGAGUAGACCGACGAGAUCCGUGAGCUGGCCUGGGACUCGAUGGAAGAGAUGCUCGAGGAGGCGGACGAGAGCACGGAUGAGAAUAUGCUGGUGGUUUGGGUGGAGAAUCCAGGUUGUCCGAAUGUUGUUGUUGGGUUACCGAACGUCUGUGUCGGCUGGGUGAAUUCUGGUUGUGUUUGUGUUGGAAAAGUCUGUGUCGGGAAGGGCUGGCCUGGCAGCUGUGUCGUCGUUAUAGGGACGCCUGGAAUGCCGCCAUCUCCUACUGUCUGCGUGACGGUUACUGUGCAGUGGCCAUUCUGAUCACACCCGGGCGUGACGGGAUUUGGUACCGGUAUUCCAGGGACGGUGGCUGGUAUACCGACGGUCUGAGUGACAACGACCGUGCAGGUGUUCUUGCCGAACCAGUCCCACCAUGGCUUGCCAUCGCGUGAGCAAUCGCAAUCAUGGAAGCCGUCACCUAGAUUGAAGCCGUCUUUGUCUGGACAUCGACUCCAGAACGUGGCCUCCUGUAGACCGGCAGCGGCAUUCACGUCAUCUUGCGCCUGAGUAGACGCCUGAAAGAGUGGGAACUGUGAGCUAUUGCAAGUGCACGGUGCGAGGGGAGGGCCAAGGAGAGCUUCCACAUACUGAGAAUGCUAG